AUGACGACCGUACAAACUCCACCAGAUGUGACCCUCACCAACCCUAUACCAAUUAAUCAAGAUUCAACCACCGAUUUUGAUAUGAUGGCCUUAACCAUGGCGGCACUACGCUUCGUUAAUCCAUGGUCUGUGGAAGCAAAGCCUCAAUGGUCAGAGAAAAUUGAACCUGGGACACCGGAAGCCAAGGACCGAGUGAUUACCCUGGUUGAAGUCUCCGCCCAUGACACUCCACGAGACUGCUGGGUUGUUAUAUAUGAUCGUGUUUAUGAUAUUUCAACAUUCCUUGAUGAGCACCCAGGAGGCGCUGACAUAAUGCUGGAAUACGCGGGACGUGAUGCAAGUACUGCCUUCCGUAGUUCAGGGCAUUCGAAAGCUGCUAAUAAAGCCUUAGAGCGAUUCUUGGUGGGUGAGCUGCCAAUGCAUGAGCGACUGUACCGUCGUCCUGGAGGAAUGCGUCUGAGCGACAUUCCUGAAUAA